AGCUUAAAACCAAUGUUUCCCAGUGGUCACAAUGAAAAAUGGACUCGUGGUUACCAGCGGGAGAAUUCUCUGUUACAUCACGACGACGAGUUCAGAUCGUUCCAGCGUCGCACAGACUGCCCACAACAUUUUUACCAGCAAACGAAUGGGUAUGAGCACUCUCUGUUUGGUGAAAAGGCCGGAUUCCACGAAGCUUCUGCACAAAACCUGCUUAUGCAUCUUGCAUCACAGAUUUCUCCGAUGGAAUUCGCUAAACUCCAACUCGAGCUCUUGGCUAGCCAAAAUAAGCAGCGUCCGCAUCGUGGUGCAGGUUUCGGCUCGUACCUCAUGAGCCCGCCGGCAACAGUGUCAAGCUCUCGGAGCACAGUGCUCUGUUGCAACCCGGCUCCACCAUACGCCAGUCACUGCCAAUCACCGGCUGCUUCUGAUGAUUUCGGCCAUCACUUUGGCUCGUUCGACUCGAUGUCCGCCUACAAUUUCCACAACAACAACCAGCAGCAAAGACGUGAAGCACACGUUUCUAGAGAUGGAAAGAGCUUCGAUCAAGGCAACAUCUACACCGCCGAAGAUGUGCACACGGUUGUCAAGAACCAUCGGAACGAGAACAAUCAACGAGUCGUCUCCAACAAAGUAUUCGUUGGUGGAAUCUCGCAUAUGAUGAAUCGGAAGAUCAUUAACAAAUUCUUCGGUCAAUUUGGAACGGUUUUCGUCGAUUGGCCAGUGAAGCAGAAGCCGAAUUCUCGCGGAAAAUCGAUCGCCAUUGGAUCCUACUCGUACUUGUUCCUUGUCUAUUCGGAUGAGCAGUCAGUGAUCAAACUGAUGUCUGCAUGCCAUCGAAAUUCACAAAACGACUUCUUCGUUUCAGUGCCAGGAUUUAGAGAUAUGAUUCAAAUCCGUCCCUGGUUCAUCUACAACGGUUUCUACAUCUUGGAAAAAGCCCGUCACAACCGUAUCAUCGAUAUUCACCGGACCGUCUUUCUUGGAGGACUCCCGAGAAUUGUAACAGCCGAGGAAAUAGCUCAAAUGUUCUCAGAGUUCGGAGUUGUUCUUCUCGUCACAAUCGAUAUUGAUCAAGACUACGGAUACCCGAAAGGAGCGGCUCGAGUGACUUUCGAACGGGAUUCUGCGUUUAAUAGGGCACUGGAGAAGAAAUUCCUGAAAUUCGACAAUAUCGAUUCGAGCAAGACGAUGAUAGAGAUCAAGCCAUACGUGAUGGAAGAUGUUGGAUGUGAUGAGUGUGGAGGUUUAUGGUUCAAUCCAUUCCUAAGCAUCUACGAUCAUUUAAAAUGUGCAAAAGACGAUCAUCAAAAGGAACAGAAAAUGGCUGAAAUUAAGAAUUUCAAUAUGUGGUCAUCCAGAAGCCCAUUCUCACUAAAUUCUGGUGAUGGACACGAUGAUUUGAUCACGAAAAUGGAUGCCGGAUUCAAGAAGAAUUGCAAUUUGGCGUGCACCUACUCAAACCGGGAAAACGAGAAAAAUGAGACUGAAAUGGGAGCUCGGAAAUUCUUGGAAAUGGUCAAAUCGUUCGGAUUGGAGAAGGAAAAGACUGUGACUGUGAACGGAAACGAAUAUCCAAUUGGACCAGAUCUAUGGGAUAAAUUCCUUCCUGCUCCGAAAUAUGAUGUGGGAACUGAACCGGUCCGAAUGAAUCCAGAAGCCAAACUCCAACAGUUCCUACGCAUGAAACGUACCAACGUCUACAGCAACAAGAGCGCAUACUGCAAAGAGGCUCCGUGUCGCCAGUACUACUGUCCAUCGUGCUCCAACAAACUCCAUUCGGGACCCAAUCAGCACACCCUCUUACCAGCCGGAAAACCAGAACGUCGUCCGAGAAAGGACAAAAAUAUGUACCUUGUUAAUAUGGGAAAGUAGUUUUUCUCGUAUUUUUAACAUUUUUUUCCAUCCACCCAACUAUCACCACCACCAUAACCUCUUGUAAAAUCUGUUAUUUGUUCACGUUUUUCCAAUAAUUUUCCACAAGUUUUCACAAUUCCCACCGCCGGUAAAGUUUGUUUCGAUUGUUACCUACAUGAUCUGUAUCAUGAUCUGUAUCAUUUUUGUUCUCCGACUUCGCCAUAUAUUUGCAUGAUUUGUUUUAUAAACAUGUUUGACGCACAA